UGAUGUUGAGAUACUACAAAGUAUUUUUUCUAAUAUAAACCAACAGGUAUUACUUUAAAAUUCCUUUAUUACGUGAAGGAACUGCGCCAAUAGACAUGUGUCAAAAUUUUAAAAAACAAAACCAUUUUUGAAUACAGAACUACAAUUUCGUAAUUCGAACGACACUAAAGAGAAUUGUGAAAUGUUAAAGGUUUUCAAAGAGAAAUUUCAACCGAUUUACUUAAAGUAGAAAAGCUGGACGGUAAAAUAUUUUCAGCGGUCAACAGUUUCUUUAAUUUCUCUCCUUUCGUUACACAAAUUAAGGAUUUAAUGACGAAGCAAGCGAGCGGUUCCGGCACAUCAGAACAAAGCGAGACUGGGCUGGUUAAAACGGCAAAAGGAGACGAUUUAUCCCAAAGGGCCAAUAACUCGGGUCUCGAAAAUUAUGAAAAUAAAAAUAACAGAAAAUUUUCGGGAAACCCUCAGCUAAAAAUCAACGAAAAGCAUCCCUUCAUUUCUAAAAGUCAGAUGAAAGAAUUUCGAGAGGCAUUUAAACUUUUCGACAAAGACGGUGACGGAAGCAUAACAAAAGAAGAACUAGGAAGAGUGAUGAGAUCAUUGGGGCAGUUCGCUAGAACUGAAGAACUGCAGCAGAUGCUACAGGAAGUAGAUGUUGAUGGUGACGGGAACGUAAGUUUUGAGGAAUUUGUGGACAUUGCUUGGUCUGCAGGGGCAGCUACUGACAAAGAUAGUUCCCUAUCUCGCGAAGAGGAAGAAAAAGAACUGAGGGACGCCUUUAGGGUGUUUGACAAACACAACAGGGGUUACAUUACAGCUUCAGAUCUUCGGGCGGUUCUCCAAUGUCUCGGUGAAGAUCUUUCAGAGGAAGAAAUUGAAGAUAUGAUAAAAGAGGUCGACGUAGACGGUGAUGGGCGCAUCGACUUCUACGAGUUCGUGAAUGCCCUUGGAGAACCGGGUAACGAAGACAGCGCUGACGAGGAAGAGGACGAAGGGACAAUGUUCGGUUUGAAUUGAAAGAAAAACCAAAGAUAAUCGCUUAAAAGAAAUUUCAAUUUGUAACGACACAAAUGUUUCAAAAACGCACUUUCUCUUUGCUCAUUUUAAUCGUAUACCCAAAAGUUGUAAUAGGUACAUAAGCAAAUGUAAUUUGACGUGUCAACAUUACUACUAAACAUAAGUAUAAAUA